AUGUCGUCCACCAAAGCUGUGACCACCGGGCGGAAGAAAGAUGCCAUCCACUUCGUCAAUGCGCGCCCAGCCUCAGAGACCGAACGGAUCAAGAUCCAGCGGCUGGUCCGCGCCCACGUGGGCAAAUGGAUCUCUGACCAGACCAAGGAUCGCUCGUCCGGCGCGGACUCGCCGGAAAGUAGCCAGCCCCCCUCGACGCCAGACCCCUCCAGUCAUUCUCCUCCCCUGCCUCCACCCCCGCCCGGCAUCGGUCACCAUUUAUUGACUCCUCCGCACUGCUCGCCAUCGCCUGCCUCUCUGACGCCUCCUGCUCUCCCUUUGACUGCCCUCUCACGCAACUCCCCCGGAACACCCGCCCGCCAUAGUUUUUCAAUCUCCCCUCCCCCACAUGAGCAUGGCCUUUCCGACCAUCUGCCCGCUACCGAGGGCUGGGCAGGCGAGUCUCAUAUCCACUUUGAUCCGGAUGAGAUGGAGCUAUCUCCCGCAACUUCCUGGCAGCUCCAGCAACAGAAUCUAGAAGGAAGUCUUUGGGACCAAAGCGAGACUACAUCAAGAACUACGUCUCCGGAAUCCCUCAGUCCACCGGACCGCUCGUCAGCUACACCCCCGGAGUACAUUGAGAGUUUCGGCUGUACCGCCGUGGAUCCGUUUCAUAUGAAUCCAAUGGAUAUGGCAAGAACGGAAGUUGCCGCCACGGAAGAAUAUUGUCUGUACGUAUUGUGGCCUGGCCUUACACCUGUUUCUCCUGGCCAAGAAACGCGGCCAGCCAGCUGCAACUGGCUACCGCUGGCUUUACAGGAUCGAACUCUGUUUACAGCUUUCGUGUUUGGCUCUCUGUCUCACAAACGCGUCCGGUGGGUGAAUGGCUGGAUUUCACGGGACUCCUUUCAGCCGGAAGAGCAGCGGAUCUUGCAGUACUGUGAAAUGGAGACCAUCAAGAACGUCACCCGGGAAGUCAGCAAUCCCAACCGAGCGGUGUGCGAUGCAGUGAUUCUGAGCGUAGUUUGCAUGGCACAUAAUGUCGCUGAAGAUAAUGGACGGGGACUUCAUCUGACGUCACCGUUUGAUCCGCCACUACCACGCCUGCAGUGGCUUGAUAUCUACGGUGCCCUCCCUCCGAACUUGGUUCAUAUCAAAGGUCUGGUGCAGAUGGUGCGAUUGCGGGGUGGUCUUCAGAACUUGACACUGCCUGGGCUAGCCGCAACCCUGUCUUUUUCCGACGUUGUGACAUGCAGCACUUUCCUCAUGCCCCCGGUGUUUCCAUUUAUGCCUCUCCACAGAGACCGGCUAGGCCUCAGCCUGCAGAAAAUGCUAGGGUUCACGCCCGUAGAUAUUGAGCGCCGAUACGCCCCCCUUCGAGAUAUUGGUCUCACCUCCGAUCUAGUGGAGGUCUUGUACGCCAUGCACAUCUACACGAAAGUCGUCGAGGAGCAUCUGAAGGCCCACUUGGUCAAUCCCGAUUAUUCCCUCAUCGCAGACCAACGCAACCUGACUCAUCAUACCCUCCUUUCCCUACCGGCCGCCAGCCAACUGGACGGCUUCGCCGCUUACCAACCUCAGGAAAUCAUCUACGAGGCCUGCCGCAUCGCCGCCCUCGUUUUUGGCGUCGGCGUCGUUUUCCCUCUGCCCGCACAGAGUACCCCUCUGGCCCAACUCGCCAAACUGAUUCAAAACGUACUUCAAAUCUCCGACCUCGCAUCGACCUGGAACCACCCACAGGCCCGAAUCGCUCUCUUUUGGGUCCUCAUGAUGGGCGGCAUCGCCGCAGACGACCAACCCGAGCGAUCCUGGUUCGUGCAUGUCCUCAGCCAAGCCGCCGCCAGCCACGGGAUUGGCUCGUGGUCCGACGCGCGUAAACUCCUCGGCCUCAUGGUUUGGUACGACCGGGCUUGCGACCGAGCCGGCAGCGACCUCUGGACGGAGGUGAAGCAAUCACUGAUCAAAAUGGAGGAAUUGUCGCCAUCAUAAUACAUCAUCAACUGGCACGUGCGCGCAUGCCGAGAACAAUAUCUUCUCUCUUCCUCUUUAAUCUAAUUUACCACCUGCCACGUGGAUCCCGGAACCCUGGAUAGGAUAUGAAUUACGAGAUUAUGAAGCUGACGCACCGGAUGAUGUGAUGCGCCUGCUAGGUACCUAUCGAUCAUCAAUACUGCAGUAUAUUAGACCUGUGUGUAACUAUCUCAAUACCUAUGUAAAUGAAGACCUGA